CCACCGGCAUGCCCUCUGACCUUCAGCCGGAGCCGUAUAUAAAGGCGGGGGAGAUGAGGGGAAGGCCCCCGCCAACCAAAAUGAAGGCUGUGCUGUGCUUGCUGUGUCUGCUGGCCCUGGCUGCCGCAGAUCUUCUGACCAGACCCGCCGUCCACGAUGAGGAUUCUCUGGUGCAUCUGCAGCUCCAGCAGCCUGAGGGAGAUCCCUUCUCCUGUGGAUGUGAUGGAACAGAGGAACACGCAAGCCAGAGCUCCUCCAACGACACCCCAGCCCCAGAGAGGGCCAUUUGCCAGCCCUGCAAACCUCCAUCAGCUGUAGACACUGAGGCAGAUUCCGCUUUGACCUCGGAGCAUGAAGAGGAGGAGGAUGCUCCCACUGAGGAAAUUACAGGUGAUGGAGAGAAAGAGGCUCUUCCUGUAUCUCAGGAAGAGCUAGAAGAAGAGGAAGAGACAUCUGAGGAGAAGCCUGAUGAUCAAGGCUUGGAAGAGGAGGAAGUAUCUGAGGAGGUUGCAUUGUCUGAAGAGGAAAAAAUAAAGCAAGGCGAGGCAGAAGCAGAGGAGGAAUUAUCCAGUGAGGAAGAAGACGUGAAUAAACCUCAGGAAGAAGUUGCAGAGGUGAAAGAAGCUGCUGCUGCAGAAGAAGCAGCCGAGGAGCCAGAAGGUGAAGACACACAGGACGAUACAGAGGCAACUGAGGAGGAGGAUGUGGAGACCUCCAUCCAUGAGGGCACAGAGGAGGAAGCUCUCCAAGACCAUGUCCAGGAGGUGACAGUGGAGGAGGCCCUUAUCGAUGUCGAGGAGGUGACGGUGGAGGAGGUGACGGUGGAGGAGGCACCUGUCGAUGUCAAGGAAGUGACAGUGGAGGAGGCCCCUGUCGAUGUGGAGGAGGUGAAGGUGGAGGAGGUAUCUGUCGAUGUGGAGGAGGUGACGGAGGAGAAGGCCCCUGUCGAUGUGGAGGAGGUGACGGUCGAGGAGGUAUCUGUCGAUGUGGAGGAGGUGACGGUGGAGGAGGUAUCUGUCGGUGUGGAGGAGGUGACGGAGGAGAAGGCCCCUGUCGAUGUGGAGGAGAUGACGGUGGAGGAGGCCCCUGUCGAUGUGGAGGAGGUGUCUUUAGAGGAGCCUGCACCGUCAAAAACCAACAAAGAUCAUCGGGCACCAGGCCCGACACUGAGGGACCGCUCCCACAUCGUGGACACGCUGCGAUUGGCUACUUCUGAACCCUCAACUGAGCUCUCAGCGUCUAUGAAGAAGCUGCUGCACAUCUACCACACUGCCAUCAAGCCAAUGGAGCAGGCCUACAAGUACAACGAGCUCAGGCAGCAUGAAGUCACAGAUGGAGAGAUCACCUCCAAGCCCAUGGUUUUGUUCCUGGGACCAUGGAGUGUCGGCAAGUCCUCCAUGAUCAACUACCUGCUGGGUCUUCACGGCACCUCACAGGAACUCUACACAGGUGCGGAGCCCACUACCUCGGAGUACACCGUCAUAAUGAACGGUGAGAAGUUCCGCUCCAUAGAGGGCAUCGUCAUGGCAGCAGACAGCUCCAGGUCCUUCUCUCCCCUGGAGAAGUUUGGCCAGGGCUUCCUGGAGCGGCUGGUGGGCAUCGAGAUGCCCCACAAGCUGCUGGAGAGGGUCACCUUCGUCGACACGCCCGGCGUCAUUGAAAACCGCAAGCAGCAGGAGAGAGGUUACCCGUACAACGAGGUGUGCCAGUGGUUCAUCGAUCGGGCGGAUCUGAUCUUCCAGGUGUUCGACCCCACCAAGCUGGACGUGGGCAGCGAGCUGGAGAUGCUUUUCAGGCAGAUGAAGGGCCGCGAGUCCCAGAUUCGCCUCAUCCUCAACAAGGCCGACAGUCUUUCCACCCAGGACCUGAUGAGGGUCUACGGGGCCCUGUUCUGGAGCAUGGCGCCCCUCAUCAACGUCACAGAGCCCCCGCGGGUGUACGUCAGCUCCUUCUGGCCUCAGGACUACGCCGCGGACACUAGCCGGGAGCUGUUCAUGAAGGAGGAGACCUCUCUGCUGGAGGACCUCAACCAGGUGAUUGAGAACCAAAUGGAGAACAAGAUCGCGUUCAUCCGCCAGCACGCCAUCCGCGUGCGCAUCCACGCCCUGCUGGUCGACCGCUACCUCCAGACCUACCACGACAAGCUGGGCUGGUUUAGCGACCCCCACGAGGUGCUCCGAGACAUCGUCGACGACCCGGACAAGUACUACAUCUUCAAAUCCAUCCUGGCCAAAACCAACGUGAGCAAGUUCGACCUGCCCAACAAGGAGGCCUACCAGGACUUCUUUGGCGUGAACCCGGUUUCCAGCUUCAAGCAGCUCUCCUCCCACUGCAGCUGGACCGGCGGCUGCCUGCUGGAGAAGAUCGAGAGGACCAUCUCGCACGAGCUCCCGGCCCUGCUGGGCAGCGCCAGCAAGGCGGCGGAGGCGCCGGCGAAGGCCGCGCCGGCGCCUCCGCCGCCGCUCCCCGGCACCUGCGAGGGUCCCGGGUGCCAGGAGAAACCCAAGAACCGCUGGAGGAGUCAGUGAGACGGAGGAGGAGGAGGAGGAGGCAGAUGGCGAAGAUGACGAGCAACAGCAAGGAGAGAGCUUCCUCAAAUAAUCCUCACUGCUGUGGUUUUCAGAACUUGGUACGGAGAGACUGAGCAGGGUCGAGGGACAGAGGGUGGAACCAUGCACCAAGCAGCAAACCUCUGGUACGCAUUGUCCUACAGGACACCAAACAACCAGCCAAAGAGGCUUGAAAUCCACUUUCCAUCCGGGCGCAUUUCCGAGCUGCAAUAAAUGUCUGCAAGAGAAACAUGCGAGUCGUCGUCAACAGUCCCGUGUCCGUGUAACCGUUCAUGUGAAUUCAUCUGAGACGGACUUUUCCUGGUUUCCUCACGCUUUUCAAGUGUGUACAUUAUUUAUUAUUUGAAGUUCUCUGCUUCAGAGGAAGAUGCCGGCAGCGGUUGCUCCUCCAAUGUAGUGCAGUUCAAUUCUGCCACACUUCAAACCGCUGUGCUGUUGUUAUUGCCUCUGGAAGCUUAUUUGUCUCUUAGUGUUAUAUUGAGCAUGGACUCAACCAUGUUUAAUCGCUGCACUGUAAGGUACUACUGGAUACUCUGCUCUAUUGUUACAGAAGCACAUUUUAUUUCAAAUGAUGUCAGUGCUGCACUGGGACUGAUCGACUGAAUACAACAACCUCAGUUAAUCGUAGCUUUCUGUUCAUGUAUUUGGUGCCUUGUCAGCCCCUCUGAACUGUUGCUAGUCUUACCUCAACAUGGGUACAUUUCCCUAUAAAAAUGUAAUGUGUCAUUAUUCCUUUAGGUUUGUCUGUAUUUGUCAUCCUUUUGAGUAAACAACUAAAUUCAAAACUG